AUGAGCUUUAUUUAUCCAUUACCAACGACAGGAUCAAUAUCUUGGUCAGAUUUUCUUUUGGAUGAAGAUAAUUUAUACUUAAGCGAAAUAUCUGAAGCAACAGCUCAAAGGGGUAGAGUUAGAGAGGUUCUUAAAGAAGCAAAAAGAACCGAAGGACCAAAAGACUAUACUAAAAUAAUAAAUACAAUUGGUGAUUAUUUACCAUAUCUAUUUGGCAUUAUUGAUUGUCUUGAAGGAGGUCAAUUAAAAUUGAAAAAAGAAAUAGAGACUUCAUGGCGCUGUACAUUAAGUGAUACAGUAUUGAAAAAGAAAUCUCGUGUAUUAUGUAAAGGAAUUUAUUAUGAAUUAAUUUUUAUUUUAUUAACUUACGGAUAUGCCUGUUCUGAUUGGGCUACUGGCAUCAUAGAAAGACAAUUACAAAAUGAUGAAAUCGAUUUAAGAUUAAGACAGGCAGCAGAUUUAUUACGUAAAGCAGGUGGAAUAUUUGCAUAUAUUGGGGAACAAAUUUGUCCAAAAUGGAAUAAUGAUUCAAUAUCUAAACCAGUUGAUGUAUUAAUGGAAAUACCAACUUCGAUAUCCAAGAUUGCACUUGCCGAUUCGACAUCGAUCGCAAUACGUAAAGCAUUAAUGCAACAAACUACUUCAUCGUUACUUGCAAAGUUAGCGUUUGGAGUAUCAGGACAUUACGAAAUGGCAAAUGGAUUAAUUAAAAGUUUAAAAGAUCCUUCAAAAGUUUGUGGUGAUUUUAGAAAAUAUGUUUCUUAUGGUGCUUUAUUUCAUCAAGCACUAGGAAAGAAAUUUCUUGCUCAAGAUGCUAAUGAACACCAACAAUACGGAAAAGCUGUAGGAUUUAUUACGCAAGCAAAAGAAGCCUUUCAGCUUUUAACAAAGUCAAAAUUAACAACCAUUGCUGCACAUGCCACUCAAGAAUAUAAUGAAGUUAAAAAUUUGUAUACAAGUUAUGUUAGUUAUAAUAAUACGGUCGCAUAUGAAAAAGUACCAACAAAAGCUGAUUUACAAGCUUUAAUUCCUGGUGGUAGAAUGUUACAAGAACUUACAAAAUAUAAACCACCUUCUCCUGCUUUUGGGCCUGGUCUUAAAACAAUUACAAAAGAACAGCCUCCCGGAUACAUAUUAGAUGGUCAAUACUACUAA